GGUUAGGUGAAAGGAAUCUGCCAAAAUGGCAGGACCAUGCGGCAAAAAUGAUUUCUGAAGCAUUUUGGUUUUGCUUAUACCGUACUUGAGAAUUUAAUUCUAAGCAGUAAAACCAGUUUAAUAAUUUAAAUUGCCGUUUUUGAAUUAUGAAAUUAUUAUAACAACAUCAUGGUUAAAGAACAGUAUCGUGAGACAGAUGUGGCCCGAAAAAUAUCGCAUGUCAGUUUCGGACUGGACGGGCCACAUCAGAUGCAGCAGCAGGCUCACUUGCAUGUCGUCGCCAAGAAUCUCUACUCCCAGGACAGCCAGCGCACCCCUGUUCCCUAUGGAGUCCUUGACAGGCGCAUGGGAACGAAUCAGAAAGAUGCAAACUGCGCAACUUGUGGAAAAGGCUUGAGUGACUGCAUCGGCCAUUUCGGCUACAUCGAUUUGGAGCUGCCUGUCUUCCAUGUCGGCUACUUCAGAUGUGUGAUCAAUGUACUUCAGACAAUCUGCAAGAACCCUCUAUGUGCUCGGGUCCUUCUGAAUCAGAAAGAAAGGUUGCACUAUUACCAGAAAAUCCGGAAUGGAAAGCUGUCCUUUCUGCAGCAGAAAGCGUUGAGAAAGCAAAUUCAGGAAAAGGCGAAAAAAUGCUUCGUUUGCCCGGAGUGUGGAGACAUCAAUGGUGUUGUCAAGAAAUGUGGCUUGCUCAAGAUCAUGCACGAAAAGUACAGAAACAAGAAGGCGGAGGGUGUCAUGAAAGAGAAACUUGCGGAAUACAACGAGGUGUGCCAGUACAACGCGGAGAUCGAGAACAACCGGAAGUAUGGCCUGUCGAAAGUGCUGAACCCGCAGGAAGUGUUGCGCCUGCUGCAAGCCAUCCCCACCACCGAUGUGCCCCUCCUCCUCAUGAACGCCGCCAUCUCCCUCCCCUCCGACCUGCUGCUCACGCGCAUUCCUGUGCCUCCCAUCUGCAUUCGGCCCAGUGUCAUUUCCGACCUCAAAUCUGGCACGAACGAGGAUGAUCUGACAAUGAAGCUGUCGGAAAUAGUGUUUAUAAACGAUGUGAUCAUGAAGCAUCGACUGUCUGGAGCCAAGGCGCAGAUGAUCAACGAAGACUGGGAGUUUUUGCAAUUGCAUUGUGCGCUAUACAUUAAUAGUGAGACAUCGGGUAUUCCUCUCAAUAUGCAGCCCAAGAAGUCGAGUAGAGGACUGGUACAAAGGCUUAAAGGAAAACAAGGUCGAUUCCGUGGCAACCUUUCUGGAAAACGUGUAGAUUUCUCUAGUAGAACUGUAAUCUCCCCUGAUCCGAAUCUCCGAAUUGAACAGGUUGGUGUGCCUGUGCAUGUGGCCAAAAUCCUCACGUUCCCGGAGAGAGUUCACUCAGCCAACAUGGCGCUGAUGAAGGAACUGAUCAUUAACGGGCCGGAUGUACAUCCAGGUGCAAACUUUGUCGAGCAGAAAGGCUCCAAACUGAAGACUUUCCUUCGCUACGGCAACAGGAUGAAAGUUGCUCAAGAACUCAAGGAAGGAGAUAUUGUGGAACGUCAUCUAAGAGAUGACGAUAUAGUAUUAUUCAACAGGCAGCCUAGUCUUCACAAACUGAGUAUAAUGUCGCAUAAAGCAAAAGUGUUGGAGCAUCGAACAUUCAGAUUCAACGAAUGUGUUUGCACUCCUUACAACGCAGACUUCGAUGGAGAUGAAAUGAAUCUCCAUCUGCCUCAAACUGAAGAAGCCAGAGCUGAAGCGCAUAUUCUUAUGGGGAACAAAUCAAACCUGGUGACACCGAGGAACGGGGAACUGUUGAUCGCCGCCACACAGGACUUCAUCACCGGCUCCUAUCUGCUGACUCAGAAGGACACCUUUCUCGGCAAAGAGGAGGCAUGUCAGCUGGUCGCCACUCUCUUUGCUGGCGAAGAUGUAUUCCUACACGUCGACCUUCCUCCGCCUGCCAUUCGCAAGCCUCGAGUGUUAUGGACUGGAAAGCAGAUAUUCAGCAUGCUUUUGAAACCAAACAAACAGUGUCCAAUCGAAGCCAACCUACGAGCCAAAGGCAGAGCGUACACAUCUGAUGAAGAGCUCUGUGUCAAAGAUUCUUUUGUGGUGAUCCGGAACUCAGAGCUUUUGGCGGGCACAAUGGACAAGUCAACGCUAGGCUCUGGGGGCAAAAACAACAUAUUCUACGUGCUGCUGCGCGACUGGAGCGAAGAAGCGGCCACCACUGUCAUGUGGCGACUGGGGCGGCUUGAGUCGCACUACAUCAUGAAUCGCGGCUUCAGCAUUGGCAUCGGUGACGUCACACCUGGGCUGGGUCUGUUGCGGGCAAAGAAUCGGCUGUUGCAUGCUGGUUACUCGAAAUGCAACCAGUACAUCGAGGAGCUGGCCUCGGGUCAACUGCAAUGCCAGCCGGGAUGCUCAGGCGAGCAGACCCUCGAGGCGGUCAUCCUGAAGGAGUUGUCGGUCAUCCGCGACCACGCCGGCAAGUCCUGCUUGAAAGAGCUGCGACCGAGCAACAGUCCGCUCAUCAUGGCGCUCAGUGGAUCCAAAGGAUCUUUCAUCAACAUAUCGCAGAUGAUUGCAUGUGUAGGCCAACAGGCCAUCAGCGGCAAAAGAGUCCCAGACGGCUUCGAAGAUAGGGCAUUGCCUCACUUUGAACGACACACUAAAAUUCCAGCAGCCAGGUUCGUAGAAGACAGUUUCUAUUCGGGCCUGACUCCGACUGAGUUCUUCUUUCACACAAUGGGUGGCAGGGAGGGACUGGUUGACACGGCUGUCAAAACUGCCGAAACUGGUUACAUGCAGAGAAGACUGAUCAAAUCGCUGGAAGAUUUGUGCCUCAACUACGACAUGACUGUACGUAACUCGAUUGGAGAUAUUGUUCAGUUCUGCUACGGAGGUGAUGGAUUGGAUCCAACUUACAUGGAAGGUAACGGUUGUCCUGUAGAAUUGAAACGUGUUUGGGAAAAUAUUCGAGCUAGAUAUCCAAGUCGAGAUGAAGAUGCCCUUGAUCCAGAAGAAGUACUGCAGUCCACGAUUGAGCUGUUCAAAUCCAAUGACUUUGAUUGCUGUAGUGAGGAGUUUAGGAACCAGAUGAAAAAAUUCUUGGAAAGCAUUGCCAUGAAAAUAGCAUUGGAGAGAGAAGGAAGACCGAAUAUACCAGUUGUGAAGGAGCUGGAGAGAGUCACGCUGUCGCAAUUGAUCAAUUUCUGUCACGUGUGCUGUGAAAAAUAUAUGAAAGCGAAAAUAGAGCCAGGUACUGCUGUGGGAGCGCUGGCUGCUCAGAGUAUUGGCGAACCUGGAACUCAGAUGACCUUGAAAACUUUCCAUUUUGCCGGAGUGGCUUCCAUGAAUAUCACUCAGGGAGUUCCUAGGAUAAAAGAAAUCAUCAAUGCGAGCAAGCUCAUCAGUACACCAAUCAUAACCGCUCACCUUGAAAACGAUACUGAUCCUGAGUAUGCUCGAUGGGUCAAAGGCCGCAUUGAAAAGACCACAUUGGGCGAGGUUUCUGAAUUUAUUGAGGAAGUUUAUCUACCCGAUGAUAGUUUUCUGUUGAUCAAACUCGAUGUUGAAAGAAUCAGGCUGUUGAAACUGGAAGUAGAUGCCGAAUCAAUAAGGUUUAGUAUGUGCACCUCAAAACUGCGUCUGAAGCCAAACCAAGUGCAAGUACAAAGCAAGAGUAUAAUCACGGUGAAACCGAUUUCAAUUAAGAGCAGUACUGACUCCCAGUUGCAGUUUCUCAAAGAGAAUGUACCCAACGUUGUUAUCAAGGGAAUUCCGUCAGUGAACAGAGCUGUGAUUCACGAAGAAGAAAGAAACGGUAAAAAGACUUACAAGCUGCUCGUGGAAGGUGACAAUCUGAGAGAGGUGAUUGCAACUUACGGCGUCAAAGGCACUCAAACCUGGUCCAACAACACCUACCAAGUGUAUAAGACGCUUGGCAUCGAAGCUGCUAGGUCAACAAUAAUGACGGAAAUCAAGGUGGUGAUGGAGAACCACGGCAUGAGCAUCGAUCACAGACACGCCAUGUUGGUGGCGGACCUGAUGACCAGCCGGGGGGAGGUGCUGGGGAUCACCCGUCACGGACUGGCCAAGAUGAAGGAGUCUGUGCUCAAUUUAGCGUCGUUUGAGAAGACCGCUGAUCACUUGUUUGAUGCCGCGUACCACGGCCAGACGGACCAAGUGACGGGAGUGUCAGAGUCCAUCAUUCUUGGCAUCCCAAUGUCCAUUGGAACUGGCCUCUUCAAGUUAAUGCACAAGAUGGACAGAGGUGAUAAACUUCCGAAGAGAACUCUGCUAUUCGACAACGCCAUCUAUCACAAAAACACAGCGCCCGUUCCUGUUGCUUAAUGUUAUUUUAAAUAAAGAUUGUACAACCUUUCAGUUUCUA